UCUGUCCUAACCUUGCUGUCAAAAUUUGUCAUCCGCACGGAGGUGGCAUCGUUCGACGUUGCGGAAAUUCGGAGUUUCACGGAGGCAGACUACGACAACGCCUGGGACGAUGCGGUUUUCGAGACGCUACUAAUCUGCACGAGCGCGAAAGUGAUGGAGUGACGAGGGAUGCAUGGUGCCACGAAAAUGUCUCUUCACAUCGAUUGAUGACAUCUGAACCGCUGUUUUCUGUGGAGGAGAUUGAGUGACAUUUUGAGAGCAGCCUGUGCGUGCGUGCGUGCGUGCGUUUACUUAAAACAAUGAUGGAGUUGAGUCAUAGUUUGACCCUCAAUGAGGAUGCUCUUAAUCAAAUUCCGGAGGCUAAGCGACCAGUCUUCAUUUUUGAAUGGUUGCGCUUUUUGGACAAGGUUCUGGUUGCCGCUCAAAAGAGUGACAUUAAAGGAUGCCAGCAAAAGUUAGUUGAGCAAUUAACCAGGCACAUGCAAGGAGCGCCUGGUCCACCAACCCGACGUCUCAUCGCAAGAUGCCUGGCAACUUUGUUCAGCGUAGGAGACACAUUCCUGCUCUUUGAUACUGUCAACAAGUGCAAUGAUAUCUUGAGGAAUAAGGAUGAUUCGCCAAGCUUUUUACCCACAAAACUAGCUGCUAUCUGCUGUGUGGGAUGCAUGUACGAAAAACUAGGAAGAAUGAUGGGCAGGUCGUACGAGGAGACUGUUCAGAUCCUAAUAAAGUCCUUGCGUUCCGCGGAAUCGCAAACACGUAUAGAAAUUAUGCACACGUUAGAAAAGGUGUGCGCUGGUAUGGGAUCUGCGAUAACCAAUGUGCACAAGGAGAUAUACAAAGUUUCCAGGCAUUACCUGACCGACAGAGUGAUGGCAGUGAGAUGUGCUGCUGCCAAGUGUUUGUUGGAGAUGUUGAAUCAUGCUCCAUUUUUAUAUACGACCGAAAUUGAAAGCGUCGCAACGCUAUGCUUCCGGGCAUUUGAAGGUUCAAAUUACGAAGUGAGAUGCUCCGUCGCUAAAUUGCUUGGCACUUUGGUAGCAAUGACGCAGCUUCCUUCACCUAAGAUAAAAAAUCCUACAGUUGCACACAACAAAGGUGUUAAGCAGGCAUCGCUCGAAGAAGUGUUAAAUAUCUUAAUGUCUGGAUUUUUAAGAGGCGGCGUCGGUUUUUUAAAAGGAACUGGCGAAAUCAUAAAAGGAAGUUCUAGUAUAAAUAGAGAAGUGCGAGUUGGAGUGACACAUGCGUACGUGGUAUUUGUUCAAAUGUUGGGCGGUACUUGGCUGGAACGAAACAUUGGCGCGUUAAUCGCCCACGUUUUAGACCUGGUUACAAACCCGAAAGCCGCUAGCUCGCACGUCGAGGCGGUAUACUCGCGUAAAUGCGUGAAUUUUAUAUUACGCGGUACCAUUGGCAAGUUAUUAGGGGAAGGCGCUCAAGCAGCUGCUUGCAAAGAGAUAGCGCAUAUCAUCUUAAAGCAGAUGAAUUCCAUUGAUUUCAGUCCGGAAAACGCCAAAGAUUGCAAUCAGGAAACAUUAUUCAGCCAACACUUAUUAGUGUGUGCGCUACAAGAAAUGGGCAAUCUGAUACUGGGAUUAGGUACUACAGCCACGAAUUUGUUAUCCGAUCAAUCUCUAAGUCUGAUUGAUGCCAUAAUGGCCGUUUUGGUGCAUCCGUGUCAAGCGGCUAGAUUAGCGGCUUCCUGGUGCUUACGAUGCAUAUGCGUGGCGGUACCGAGUCAAAUAACACCUCUGAUCGACCGCUGCGUUGACGGGAUUGAAAAUAUGCGUAGCUCACCGGAAGCUAUAGCUGGUUAUAGCAGUGCUCUUGCCGCAGUGCUGGGAAGUGUUCGUCUGUCACCUUUGGGAGUCCCUCACACCAAGGGAAAGAUAAUUUUCAAUACAGCGGAAGAGCUUUUAAGAAGCGCGAGUCAGAACAGUCGUUUAUCUUUAAAUCGUACGCAUGCAGGAUGGCUAUUAAUAGGAGCGAUAAUGACUUUAGGUACGGCAGUAGUAAAGGGCUUGUUACCGAGAAUGUUACUUCUAUGGAGAAAUUCUUUCCCGCGUUCGAACAAAGAACUCGAGAGUGAGAAAGCUCGCGGUGACGCUUUCACGUGGCAAGUGACUUUGGAAGGACGUGCCGGCGCAUUAUCCGCUAUGUAUAGCUUCCUGUUACACUGUCCGGAACUUCUGAACGACGAUAUUACACGACGAUUACUCACACCGAUCGAAUCUGCUCUGGCAAUGUUGACGAAUUUGUCUCCCGUUUUGAAAAAUUAUGGCCAACAAUUGAAAGCUCCUGCGGCUAUGGUUCGUUUGCGCUUAUACGAAACGCUGUUGUUGCUACCACCGCAAAUGUUCGAAAGUUCUUACACGCAUCUUUUGAGGAUGCUAGUAUCGGAGUUCACGCUUACAGAUAAUCCAGGAAAUACAACUACUUCUUUAUUGAGUGUAGUUUGUCACGCUAACGAUUCUGUGAUUCUUGGUACGUGGCUACAGGAGACUGAUCAUCGUACAAUAGAAGACCAAAUGGAACCAAACAGAAGGGCAGAUUUGGAACAUCUUCAACCAAAUAGUGCUGCAGGAUCUGGCGCACUGGAACAUAAUACAUGCUGUCUUUAUAGACCAAUGCCACACUUUGAAAUGAUUCCUGGUCCCUUGCCGUUAGGUGUAGCAGUAAUUGAUUUAUCAGUUGCGUUAUUCGGCCAGAUAUUCCCACGUGUAGCAAACAAGCACAGACUGCAGAUGUUGGAUCAUUUUAGCGAGUGCAUAAAGCAUACCAAAUCUGGAAGACAGGAAGCAAUACAAAUGAACGUGUUUACUGCUGUAUUGAGUGGCUUGAAGGGUCUCAAUGAGGCAAAAACAGGCUUCGGACAAGAGGACGUCAAGAAAUCUGCUACUAAUCUUAUCAUCAGUACGCUGGUCAGUAGCAAUCCUAUUCUACGAUGGGCAGCGGGAGAAGCGGUUGGCAGAAUGGCCCAGGUGAUCUCCGAUCCCAAGUUUACCGCGGAAUUGGCGCAGACUAGUUUUGAUCGUUUGAAAUCGGCGCGUGACGUGGCCAGCAGAACCGGCCACUCGUUGGCGUUAGGCUGCCUUCAUAAGUACGUCGGCGGAAUGGGCUCUAGCCAGCAUCUCAACACUAGCGUUAGCAUCCUGCUCGCGCUUGCUCAGGAUAAUUCGUCUCCUGUAGUACAAGUUUGGGCAUUGCACGCUUUAGCUCUGAUAGCUGAUUCCGGUGGACCAAUGUUCAGGGGUUACGUGGAACCUACGCUAUCCUUAGCACUUACUCUUCUUCUCAAUGUUCCUCACUCUUACAUUGAUGUGCAUCAAUGCAUCGGAAAGGUUUUAUCGGCGCUUAUCACGACGAUAGGACCAGAAUUGCAAGGCAACACGUCAACGAUUUGCAUGGCACGGUCGUCAUUUUUGUGCGCGUGUGCCAUUAUGCAGGAUCAUCAGGAUCCACUUGUCCAAGCCGAAGCAACCGGCUGCCUUCAACAAUUACAUCUCUUUGCACCUAGACACGUCAAUUUGUCUUCCCUUGUUCCUACAUUAUGUCGUACACUAUCCAGCAAUCAUUUGCUUCUGCGUAAAGCUGCAAUAUCGUGUCUUCGGCAACUUGCUCAGCGCGAAGCGAAAGAAGUAUGCGAGCACGCGAUGACACUGGCUAACGAAAGCAGAGACACUAAUGUAGUAGAAGGUCUCGUUAUUACUGAGACCGGUCUUCCAGGCGUGCUAUUCAGUAUGCUGGACACGGAAACUGAUAGUAAACUAAUUAAAGAUAUUCACGAUACUUUGACGAGCAUGCUACAGAUACUAGCGGCUGAUAACUUGUCUCAAUGGUUGUCACUUUGCAAAGAUGUUCUCACGAUAGCCACAGAAUCGAGUACGAUCGAGGAAGGUAACGCGGCGAAUGCGGAAGAUAGCACUGCUGAUAAUGAAUCAGCAGAUGCGGAGGGUGAUGACGACCAAGCUGAGUUCCACGCUGACGAAUCUACCAAACAGCGACCGUCUAUCACACCGAGAUGGCCAACGAGAGUUUUCGCGGCGCAAUGCGUCCGACGUAUUGUCGCGGCUUGCAUGAAUAACAAGCAAGCGCACUUUGAUCUUGCCCUGGCCAAAGAGAUGCAGCAAUCUAAGGGAAAAGGAGAUUUUCUGGUAUUACAUCUGUCGGACUUGGUGCGCAUGGCUUUCAUGGCCGCGACGAGUGAUUGUGAUCCAUUGCGGCUCGAAGGUCUCAAAACUUUGCAAGAGAUUAUUGAUAAAUUCGCCAAAGUUCCCGAACCGGAGUUUCCCGGACACUUAUUGCUCGAGCAGUUUCAAGCACAGGUCGGAGCUGCUUUAAGACCAGCCUUUUCCGCGGAAACACCAUCACAUGUUACAGCUGCAGCCUGUGAAGCUUGCAGCGCGUGGAUCGGUAGCGGCGUCGCUAGGGAUCUUAAUGAUCUACGAAGAGUACAUCAGUUACUUGUGUCAUCUCUGGAAAAAUUAAGAGAAGGUAACACUCGACCACAGUUGUACAACGAGAGCUUGUCGACGUUGGAGAGAUUGGCGAUUCUAAAAGCAUGGGCAGAGGUAUAUGUAGUUGCGAUGAUAAGAGAUGGAUCCGCAUUGAACAGCAAAGAUACGACUAAUCGAAACGCAAAUCAAGUCGACGAGGUCAACGAGGAGGAUUUUGGAGAAUUCGAAUUUCAAAGCGAAAGUUUAUUGAGCCUCGUACAGCCGGAGCUUCUGAGUCUAAGUCAACAUUGGUUAUCCGCGUUGAGAGAUCAUGCAUUACUUUCUUUGCCACCAGAAUUCUCCAGUCAAUUACCGCACGAUGGUGGUGCUUUUUACACGACAGACACUAUGGAAUCCGCGCGUCCUCACUAUGUAGAAUCGUGGGCGCCAAUUCUUCACGCCGCAACUCUCUGGCUCAAUGCUAGAGGAUUCGAAAUCGGAGACAGUAAUCAGGAAAAAGCGACGACAAAUCUCGCUAAUAAUAACAAUCAUCAUAAUAAUAAUAAUAUUAAUAAUAACGAUGAAUCCGCUACUUCUAAAACUAACGCAAAUGUUGAACGUUUUCACUUGUUAUUUGGUAUAUGUAUGGAAGCUUUGUGCAGCCCUCGCUCUUCCGAAUCCCCGCAAAAUAUAAAGACAUGUUUAAAUGCAUUAUAUACAUUACUCGAUUCAACAUGGGCACGUAAAGUCUUUAUCUCGGAUCGCUCCUUGCCCAUCGAAUUAUGUAAUGUUCUUCAUAGAUUACUUUUAACACGAGAGAGUUAUGUCAUUCAAAUGAUAGUGAUGGAAGUAUUGAAACAAGUGAUGAAAGCAGCGCAGGAAGAUCUUGCUGAAAGGAAAAGGUUGAAACUCAAAGAUAAUGCAUCGACACAUAAAGAAAGCAAUGAAACGGUAGAAAUGGAUUUGUUGGGCGAGGGAGAAGAAAGCGGCGAGCUCACGCCUGGCAAAUCAUUAGUGUUUGCUGUCCUGGAGGUGUGUCUGUGUCUCCUGGUGCGACAGAUACCAGCGUUGAAUCCAAAUCCUGGCGGUGCCACUGCCAUCUUAUCUCAGAAGGGAUAUGUACCAUCUGAGAAGAGUGGCAAGCUGAUCGCAUCAUCCCUUAAUAUAAUGGAAUCUCUUCCCACUUUAUGCUCCCCACAAGGUGCAGUGGCAAUUCUCCCGACGCUGCUGUAUCUGGCGACAGGCGUGAUACGCGAAACCGCGGUGCGUACAGACAACGAUAACACCAAAUCCGGUUCGGAAGCGCCAGUUCAUGCCGCAUUGCACUGCGUCAAGAGUCUUAUCAGUAACAAAUACGCGCGGGAUCACAGGAGUGAGGAGCAAUGGACGGGGUUACUGCGAAGCGCGCUUGCCAAGAUUAUCGAUCUUGCCAAAACAGGCCAUGAUGAAACUAAAAUGGAUGAAGUGGCGAUGAUGCUAGGUAUCGCAGUAUUUGUGUUGCACGCGUCACCAGACGUAGUGAGCGCUCCGAAUUUGCAAUUUCCAUGCAUUAAUCACUUUCGACAUGCUUUCCAAUCCGAAAACCUAACGGUGAAGCUGAAGUGCGUGCAAACGUUAAGAACGAUAUUUCUGCAUCCGGAACGUAAUAUAAGCACGCCGUACAUUCAUGCGCUCGCACCGCGAUUGGUAGAAUAUCUAUAUAGCGACAAGAGCAAACAGGUGACGAAUGACAUGGACUUGACUUUUACGCUGGAGUGCAUCAGUACAGUGGAAGCUCUCAUAGGACUUGCCGAUCUCCCUAAUCGUAUCCAAAUGUUGACUUUGCUCGUACCAAUUUUAAUCAAUUACCUACUGGAAGGAGACGAGCUCCAACGUGCUACUAAAUAUCAAGCGAGCCUCCAUCAACAAAGUUUUCAGUGGCUCAAUAAGAUUGGGCCGAAGUAUCCGCAAGAAUUUAAGACGCUAAUGUCGCAGUCCACCGAGCUGAAAACUAAAUUGGAAAAUGCUGUGAGAACCACCCAUCAGCAAGCGCAACGCCACACCCGGCCAGUUGAUCCUGUAAAACCACAGAUCAAGAUCUCCACGCCAUCGAUCAAGUUAAAAACCGAUUUUUCCAACUUCAACUAAAGGAGAUAACAGAUAAGAGAUAAUUUAUUAAGACCUCAGUAAGAGAGAUUAACAUAAAUAUAACGAUAUUAGCGUUUUUGUCGUAGAUCCAAUCGUGUUAACGCGAUUGACUUCACCCAACAAUUAUCAAUUAUAUUGAGCGAAUCGAAUUAAUUGCUGUUUACCACAUCUUAGCAUCGUGAUAAUUAUAAAGUGAUAUUUCCUCGUUAGAAAAUUAUACUUGACUGUACUUAGAGAUAAAAGAAUUAGAAGAAACAUUAGUGACAUUACAGGACAGAUGUAAAGGAAUAGGUGAUGGGAAUGGGAAAAUCGAUGUCGGACGAUCAAUUAAUUGCUACUUUGAAAUGAUACUUAUCUUACAUUCUCAUCCCAUUUUAACUUCUUCAUUAUCAAGUACAAUAACGUUCCUGAUUUUCCAGUUGUGCUUUCUAAAGUGCAAAAAGAUAACUUUAUAUCAGACUUUCAAAUUGUGUAUAUAUAUAUGUAGAAAAUUUAGCGUAUAACAUAGAGAUUAUUAAUUUAUUUAAUGAUAUAAAUAAAGAUGUUGAUAUAUAUUCUCACCUCACUACUUUGAUGGAUUAUGAAAGAGAUAACAACUAAUAAUUUAUUCCGUGAAAAGUGUGUGGUGUUAAAAAAUUAAAUGACUGCAAGUGUAAUAUGCACAAACAAAGUUAUAUAGAUAAUAUAAUAUAGAUAUUUCAGUGCUCAUUCAAAUCAUUAAUCUACGACUUGUAAGCUUUAUUUUUAAAUAAUUUUUAUUGUAACUGACUGUAACCGAUAAUUUUUAAUGUAAUCGAUAGAAUUAUUUAUUAACGACAAAUUAUUGUCACAUGGGUUUUUUCGGGAAAAUAUUUGCCAUAAAACAAAUGAUUAAAAAUUAAUAUGAAAUAUAGACUGUUUUAACCCAGAACAUAUUUAAUAUUCUUCUGAUAAGAAGACUGAUAACUUCCUGUUUUGAUUUAAUGGUUUUUAAUACACAGACGUGAAGAAAAAGUAAAAAUGUACACAUGUUUGCGUAUCUAGAGUUGAUAAGUGAGGUGGCAAUUUCAUCGAACGAAUGUCUGUUCUGACAUAUCGAAAAUAAUACCGAGCCUUUUUUUUGUAUCAUGAAUUUUUGUAAGAGUGAUCUUUUUUCUAGAUUGCAAUGAGAUAUACGAGAAACGCUUUCGGUAAAUUAAUACCGUAUAAAUGCUGGGCAUUACAGCAAAACGAUCCAUAAAAUUUAACAAUUUCUUUUGCAUUCGAUCUUUAAAUAAUAGAUUGAAGUCCAAUGGGAAUGAAAAGUAAGAAUGUACUGUGUGACAUAAAUCCUUACAGAAAUAUAAUACCAGCAAUAUUAAAUUGGCAAGUAAUUAUUAUUUAUUUUUAGUAUUAAAAGCAUUAACCAACAGUGCUUUUAAUACUAAAAAUAAAAAAUAAUUAUUGGUCAAUUUAACACUGUUAUUAUUAUACUUCUAUAUAGGGAAAUGUAAGAAAUUAAUACCCUUUUUUGAAUUUAGUCGCAUUAUUGCGUUUUCGCCUUAGAAAGACAACGCAAUAGACGACCACAUAGAUUAGAUACAAUUUUGAGAUUGCCGGAGUUGCAGCACGGAUAUUGAUUAAUGUUUUUACAUGGAUUACGGACCAUAAUCGCGCAACGAUAUUACAAUGCAAAAAAACGUAAAAGAAUUGUAUAAAUUCCUAAAGAUUUCGUCUCUUCUUUGGGUUCACAAAUACAAAACUAUUUUUUUUCCAACUUUUAUUUGAAGUUCGGCGUGGCGAGUCUCGUGAUGUCUGUAUAUAAUUCAGUUUGAAUUGUAUGGUAGAUCUGACGUAGUGCAUAUAAAUUUUAUAAGGUAAACCGAGACGAAUUAUUAUAAAAAUGUGGAAAGGAUUAGAUGCUCGAUAAAUAUGUUCUACUAUUUUUAUAUAAUUAUUUUAGGAAUCCUGUUGAGAUUGUUUGUAACUUUUAAUUGCGUGCUCCACGAGAGGAGCACAGCCAUUCACACAUAUAGGAUAAUUAUGCCUAAAAUGACAUAUCUUUUUUUAUUAAAUUUUAUUUUGCAAUAUUUAAAAACUAUUUAGAUACACUCUCAGCAUAAACAUAAUUUGCUAAUAUAAAUGUUUAAAAACCUUCAUUACCUUGACAUAUUUUUGUAAUAACUUAUAAACGAAAAACGUAAUUAUUUAUUUUGCCCUGAGAUAUUGGGCAAAAUGGCACACGAAUAUUAUCCAAGAUGUUAUUUAAGGUAUCCAAUUUAAAAACAAAAGUUAAUUAUGAAAGUGCAACAAAAAUUUAUAAAAAAACUUAAUGAUAAAACAUGAAAAGAUUGGGCGCGUUUAGCACUCAACAUGUUGAGAUAUUCUUCUAGAUCAUUCAAUCAGAGCUUUAGAUCUAGAAAAAUAUGCCAAUAACAGCGAGCACUCGCUCAACUGUUGAGUGCCCAUUUUAUUCCAGUAUGUCGUAUUAAACACAAUUUUCCCUAUAUAUAUUGUGUAUAUUUCUCUGAUCAGCGCACUUCCAUGUACCGAUCAAGCGUCGCGUUUCGAUUGAUAAUUUUCUUCGAUAAAUAUGGUACAAAAUUACAGUGUUGUAUUGCGUAACUGCUGCAGUUUUGACGAGAAAUAAAAAUAACCGAUUAUA